AUGCCAACAGAAACUUCUGGUCGACUACAAGAGGAAUUUCCAAAAUUCAUACACAAUACAAUUCAUUUUCUUCAUGAGACAUUAACACGAUUGCCAAGUUCAUAUGACAAUCUCUGUACACCUCUUGCAUCAUUACAAGUGACGGUGGGUAUUCUGAACUCAAGCUGUGUCAUGAGAAGUUCUGAUAUAGAUAAAAGCCUAAAUGAACUGGUUGCAUUGAGAGAUGAUUUGAUGAAUAAGAAAAGAAUGGGCCAGAAAGUAAAAUCACCAGAGGAUGAUGAAUCAGUUCAAGAUGAAAUGCAUGUAAAUGGCCCACCUAAUGAUUUCCGAGAAGUGAGCAUUUUCCCAACACCUGAAGAUGUUUUGACAAAAGAACAACCUUAUAUCAGACCCAAUAUUGUGAGAGGGAAGUACCAAGAUCUGGACCAUUACCUGGAUGUUCAGUUUAGGUUAUAUCGAGAAGAUUUUUUGGCUCCAUUGCGAGAAGGAAUUGAUGAGUAUAUUUCCCAACUUAAAGACAGAAAUAUCCGCCGACACUACCAAGACAUCCGUGUUUAUACAGGAGUUGAAAUUGUUCAGUCAGUGUGCACAAACCAAGGCCUAUUUCACACUCUACAGUUUGACAUCUCUCGACUUAAAAGAGUUAAUUGGGAGUUUUCAAAACGCCUCAUAUAUGGAGCUUUAGUGUGCCUAUCCAAUGAUGACUUCAAAACAAUGUAUUUUGCUACAGUGGCCAAUCGUAUACCAAAACGUCUUCAAAAUGGUCAUAUUGAUGUCAACUUUGUCGGUGGAACACAGACUGUAUCAACACUUGUUCAAAGCUCACAGAGAAGGCAAUUUACAAUGGUUGAGACAUCAGCUUAUUUUGAAGCAUGUAACCAUGUUCUAAAAGCUCUCCAGCAGAUCAAAGAAGGAGAACUUCCCUUUGAGCAGUAUUUCCUACACUGUGAUACAGAUGUACAACCACCAGCUUACAUGAGAAGGAGGAACUUCAUGUUUCUGGGGUCUCAAAAUGAUAUCACAUUUGAUUUUACCCCUAUUUUGAACGUUCCAGUACUGAAGACACCAUUAUUCGAUGAUUCUGAUAGUGAGGAUGAACUUUUAGUAACACCUCUAUUCGAAAGUAACGAAACAAAGAGAGCAACAAAGGUUCCCAUACUUAAGAAAUCAGCUUGGCCAAGUGCUGAUAUUCUAGGAUUUGAUGAGUCCCAGCUAGCAGCUGUUCAUUCAGCUCUAACAAAAGAAAUAUCAGUUAUACAGGGUCCCCCGGGGACAGGAAAGACAUACAUUGGAUUAAAGAUUGCACAGCUUUUACUCCAUAACAGGCCACUAUGGAAUAAAGAAGAACAACAACCUCUACUUGUUGUCUGUUACACCAAUCAUGCACUUGAUCAAUUCUUGGAAGGGAUUUAUAACUUUCAGAAGAAGGGCAUUGUACGAGCUGGUUCCAGAAGUAGCAGUGAGAAAAUGAAGAAGUGCACUCUCUCAGAAAUCAAACACAAGAAUCGCACAGACCGAGUUGUCCCAAGAGCCAUUUUUACAUGUGGCAAAACUAUUAAAGACAACAUGAAAUCAUUAGAAGAACAGAUCUCAAAGAGUAGAGAUUGUCUAUAUAAAUUAAGCACCAGUCUUAUACCGCUCAAUAUUUUAAGAAAAUUUAUAUCCUAUAAACAUCAAAUAAGCCUGAUGCGUUACAGCUUUGGCCGAGGAACAAGGUACAGUGAGCUUCAUUUUUGGCUUGGCAUAUUUGGUAAUCCAUUUGAGCAAGUCAUGUUUGAUGUAGGUUUGUACGAGGAGGAGGAGGAGGAGGAGGAAGAGGAGGAUACUACUAAAGUGAAAGUUGAUACUGAAGCUGACAUGCUCCAGCAAUUGCGAAUCGGUGAUGAAGCAGUAGAAAUAUUAACAUCAGAUAAACCAACUCGCAAGCCACGAGCAAAGAAGCACAAUGAGAAGCAGAGUGGAGAAGAAUGGCAAACUGUUAAUAACAAAAAGAAGGUUAAAGGGAGAAUAAGAACACAUAUGCGAAACAAAGCCAGCAUGCACGUGUCUGAAGCAGAUGGUGUGCAUGAUGUUUGGCAACUUCAAAUUGAAGAUCGUUGGCGACUGUACCAUCAUUGGUUGAAUAGAUACACCAAGCAACAAGGAGAAUGCAUUGCACAAUUGGAGAGAAAGUAUGAAAAAGAAGCUCAGAGACUUCAAGAGAUUGGCUUAGAAGAAGACCUUGAAAUUCUUAAAGAUGCUGCAGUUAUUGGUAUGACAACAACUGGUGCUGCAAGAUAUCGAUCAAUUUUGCAGCGAGUGAAGCCCAAAAUAAUAAUAGUUGAGGAAGCUGCUGAAGUACUCGAAGCUCAUAUAAUUACUGCACUCACGGCUAGCUGUGAACAGCUGAUUUUAAUUGGUGACCAUAAACAACUCAGGCCAACUCCAAAUGUCUAUAAAUUAGCUCGUAAAUUCAAUCUAGAUUAUUCCCUUUUUGAAAGGAUGAUCAAGAAUAACAUGCACUGUGACUGUUUGGAGCUGCAACAUCGAAUGCGACCAGAAAUUUCUGUAUUGAUGGAUCAUAUAUAUGUUGGACUUAAAGACCAUGAAUCUGUGUUUGAGUAUGAAAAUGUCAAAGGUGUAGGAUCCAAUGUUUUCUUCAUCAACCACAAAUACCCAGAAAUUGAAAAUGAAGAGCUACUGAGUCAUGCAAAUGAACAUGAAGCAAUGUAUGUUGCUGCGCUGUGUCGGUACAUCCUUCUCCAAGGUUAUGACCCAUCACGUGUCACAGUCCUUACAACAUACAAAGGUCAACUGUUCAAAUUAAAAGGAAUAAUGAAGAAGAUGUCUAUUUUUGGUGGAGUACAUGUGACUGCAGUUGACAACUUCCAAGGAGAAGAGAAUGAUAUCAUCAUCCUAUCAUUAGUAAGGAGCAACAGUCAGGGUAAAAUUGGUUUCCUGGCAGUAGAGAACAGAGUUUGUGUGGCAUUGUCAAGGGCCAAAAUUGGAUUCUACUGUGUUGGAAACAUCUCAUUUCUUGCUGAUCACAGUGAACUGUGGAAGAAGAUACAGGCAGAUAUGGAGAGGAGAGAUUGUAUAGGAACCUCUUUACUUUUGCGGUGUCAAAACCAUCCAGGUACAACAAUAGAAGCCAAAACAGAGAAAGAUUUUCACAGUGCGCCUGAAGGUGGGUGCAUGAAACCUUGUGAAGCACGCUUGAAAUGUGGACAUGUAUGUGUACUCACAUGUCACCCAGCUGAUCCAGAACACAAGAUUUAUAAAUGUCGUAAGCCAUGUGUCAGAAAGAUUUGUGACCAGAAACACCCAUGUCUGAAACCAUGCUUUGAAGAAUGUGGCAAUUGUAUGACAAAAAUCCCUAAGAUUAUACCAAGAUGUGAUCACUUGCAAGAUGUACCAUGUAGCGUGGACCCAGAGGACUUUGUUUGUCUUGAAAAAUGCAAGAAAACCCUAGAAUGUGGACACCAGUGUACAAAUGUAUGUGGCGUUAGAUGUGUUCUUCCAAAAAAUUGUAGGGAAUAUAUUUCACGAAUUUGGCCAUGUGGACAUGAGGUGGAAACUAUGUGUAGAAAUAAGCCUGAAGACUAUCCAUGUCCUGAAAAAUGUAAAGAACAGUUGAGCUGUGGUGAUGGCUGUGGAGGCACCUGCGGCACAUGCAGUCAUGGAAGGCUACAUAUUGAAUGUAAAGCGCACUGUGGUCGGACUCUGGUCUGUGGCCAUUCCUGUAAAGGUGACUGUACAGUAUAUUGUCCACCCUGUAGUCUUCCAUGUGAAAAUCGUUGUUCCCAUGGAAAAUGUCAGGGUGAGUGUGGACAACCCUGUAAUACUUGUGCUGAAAGGUGUCAGUGGCGAUGUCAACACUACAGGUGUACCAAAUUGUGUGGUGAAAAAUGCAAUCGUCCUCGAUGUGAUCAACCAUGCAAGAAAAUUCUCAAGUGUCGACAUUCAUGUAUUGGUUUGUGUGGUGAACCCUGCCCUAAGAAAUGUCGAAUUUGUGAUCGUAAAGAGGUGACUGAAAUUUUCUUUGGUGAUGAAGAUGAACCUGAUGCUCUUUUUAUUGAACUUGAAGAUUGUGGACAUGUUUUUGAAGUUAAUGGACUGGACCAAUGGGUUGAUGAUAAUCAAGAUUCCAGCACCGAAGAUGAUGUAAUUCAGUUAAAAGUGUGUCCAAGAUGUAAAACUCCAAUACGAAAAAAUCUUCGCUAUGGAAAUGUUAUCAAAAGCAUACUGUCAGACAUAGAAGUGGUAAAGCAGAAGAUCCUUGGAGAUAAAGACAGCAUAGAGCUGAAAGUUGAUGAGCUGAGAUACAGACUUGACAAUUUAACAGAUCGUGGAGUGCUUGGUGGUAAUGGCGAUGAUGCGAAUGCCAAACAGCAAAUACUAGACAUGCUUGUAGCACCUGACGUCCUCUCAUCUGAAAACCUCCACGCUAUAGAAAACCAAAUUAAUUUACUAGAAGCUGCUUCUGGAGUAGAGAAAUUAUUUGCAAAGGGAAUGAAGAACAUUUUCAUUACUUCAUUACGGAGGGACUCAACUACUCGACAAGAUGUUGCACUUGUAGACAGUCAUAUACAAAGGUUUAUAAAAUGGUUGAUGUAUUGGAAGUACCGAAUGACAGACCAGGCCUUACAAGAUGCUGAGACUGAAAUAUCUAGGCUCAAUUUAAUAGCCAAUCUGUAUAUUUUAGAGGCAGGCAUUAGAAAGCAUGAGAUGGAAGUUACACAGAAAAGAAGAAAUGCUCUAGACAGCUUGCAUAAAACCAUAAAAAAUGGUGAGAAGAUGGAGAAAACUAAAAUUGAUGAGUGGAAAAAGUAUCUGAAGAUGGUUCAGUCCAGUUAUCCAGUACUUCAGCCAUUGUCAAAUGAGUUAAAGGCAGAAAUAGUUAAAGCAGUUGGGCUUUCUGCUGGACAUUGGUACAAAUGUCCCAACGGUCACUUCUAUGCCAUCGGAGAAUGCGGUGGAGCAAGUGAAAGGGGGACAUGUCCUGAAUGUGGUAAAGCUAUAGGAGGAAUGAAUCAUAGGCUGGAAGAUGGGAAUGCUCAUGCACCAGAAAUGGAUGGAUCUCGCUAUGCAGCGUACUCUGAUGAGGCUAAUAUGAAUAUUCACAAUUUUGAUAUUGAUGACCUAUUUUAA